CCUUCAACCAUAGCAAGUCCACGAUUGCCCCUGAUCACUCGGUCCUCUCCAUAUCACUGCUCACUAUAUACUUAGCAUUCAAACCCUACUUCAUCGUUUCGUUUCCAUAGUAGUGCAAUGGAGGAAGCAAACCUCCCCGAAGAGAUUGUAGUGCUUAUCCUCUCCUGGCUGCCCGUGAAAUCCUUACUCCGAUUCACCUGCGUUUCCAAACGCUUUCAUUUCAUCAUUCUCUCUAACCCAAAAUUUGCUAAAUCCCAAUUUCAAGCAGCUCGUGAGCGCAAAACCCUGGAUCAGAGACUCCUCUACAACACAACCGUCCCUCCACUCGAAUCCCUAGACUUGGAGACGCUGCCGUUAUUUGGAGACUCUUCCUACCUCGAACGCAGACUCCUCUACUCCAAAAUCGCCCCUCGACUCGAAUCCCUACACUUGGAGACGACGUCUUUUGGAGACCGUUCCUCCGUCAGAAAGCUACAGUUUCCUUUCCAGCCACCCGUCGGUCGUCUCUCGCUACUGGGCUCCUGCAAUGGUAUUGUAUUUCUUGCCUUUGAUGAGAGAGUAUUCUAUAUCUGGAACCCAUCGACUGGAUUCUUUAGGAAAUUACCUGAUCCAGGUUCUUUAUGUGAUCAAAGAUUUCUGUUCAAUUAUGGUGUUGGCUAUUUGUCGGCCACCGACGACUACAAAAUUUUCAUAGCCACCGAUGUGUACGCCAUUUUCUCGUCGAGAGCUCAAGCUUGGAAAAAACUUGAGGUCUAUUCGGAAUCACCGCCUUCUUUUCGGGGGACCCUUUUGAACGAGGCACUUCAUUGGCUCAAUCAAGAGAACGGUAUCGUGGCUUUUGAUUUGGCCCAGGAGAAGUUCAGUAAAAUGACAAUGCCUAAUUUCGAUGAAAGAAGUUUAAAUCAGUUCGGCUAUCUUGGGGUUUCUGCUGAAGGAUGCCUUUCUUUUGCUCUCUCUCUGUGGGAUGCUCAUGACUGUAUUCAAGUGUGGGUCAUGAAAGAAUAUGGUGUGCAUGACUCAUGGACUAAGCUCUAUAACUUCAGGUUUUUGGAUCCUCCAGAGGGGAUGUGGUCUUUCAGUCGUGUAUUGGUUUUGGAAACUAGUAUUGUUGCCCACAUAUGCACUAUGAAGGAGGUUGACAAUGAUUGUAUUACCGACGUGAAAGGGUUGAUAAAGAUUCUUCACAAAGAAGAGGAGAAGUGUGGUGAGUAUGUGAUUGAAGGCUUUGAACUUAAAAUGAUUCGAUAUCAAGAGAGUUUAUGUCGGAUAGAUGAUUAGUCCUCAUUUGCUCUCUGUAUAACAGUGCUGGGGAUUUUGGAUGUACAAAUGCUAGAGCAAGCUUUGUUGGAGGGUUCUUUGAUCUAGUGGUGAUGUGGACCAGCUUUAAUCGGAAGAUAGCUAUAUAUUUGUCUAAUGGUUGCAACUAUGUUGAUAUAUGUUUGUCUUUGCCUAAAUUUCUGUAUUAUGCUAUAAGGAAUUUAUGUGU